UCCCACGGUGAUGUCCAGGUCACCGCCUCCCCAUUGGCCCAAAGACGUAGUCUACCUCAGUUCCCCCGCGUACCAUGCUUCUGUGUCAAUGGAUGCAAGGCAAUUCAUGGAGCCUAGCCCUGUAAAAAAAGGUGCAUGGGCGAAAUCGUCCGCUGUUGUUAUUCGUCGCAUCUCGAGACCCGAGCAUCCGGCAUUCGGACAACUGGGGCUGUUUGCUGCGAAGAAAAUACCACCAAAGACACACAUUGUUGACUAUAUUGGAGAAAUACACUGUGAAAAUCGGCUAGACUCGGACUACGAUCUGUGUCUGCAUCGAUUUGAAGAUGGAAGCUGCAUUGGGGUCGACGCGGGCAGGAUGGGCAACGAGGCGCGAUUUGUUAAUGAUUUUCGCGGAAUAAAGGAUAAGCCAAAUGCAGUUUUCGUGGACAGACGGAGUGAAUUUGGGGACUUACGCAUGGGAAUUUGGUCUUCGCAUGAGGGCAUCAAAAAGGGCGACGAAAUUGUUGUAUCAUAUGGUAAAGCGUGGUGGCACGCCCGAACAAAAUGACAAGCACAACGGCGACUUGGAAAACUUUGGGCCGUCUUCAAAAUAAGGCAGCGAGGACCAACGCAGCGGCAAUAAUUGAAUGACGGGACAUUUUCGGCAGACCCGCGAAAAAAAAAAAGUUGUGAAAAAAACGAUACGAAAAACUUACGGGUAGCAACAGAAAAGCAAAUAUGCGGCGACCAAGAAAUCCACGGGCCUUCAAA